AUGGCGAGGCGUACCGCCACUACUCGCUCCGCAAGAGCGGGAGCUUCUAGCCGUCCGCGGAGGCGGCAACAAGACCAAGAACAUGACAUCCCCGAGGUCUACCGGGAGAUGCUAGCAGAGGCUGAAGCUCGAGAACAAUCCCAGCCAGAGGAUGCACCACGCAAGAGGAGGAAGCUUGCUGGUCAAAAAUCCGUAUCCAGCCCUCGGCCCUUGAGUCGAGAAGUCACUCCACAAGACACCCAACCAGCUCACCAUGUCCAGACGGUGUAUGAUUCUCCAUCAUCAUCCGAAGAAUCGGAUAUGGAAUGGGAAGAGGUUGAUAUCCACCAGACUUCAUAUAAUAAUCAAACCGACGAUACGUCUAUCCAGGUCACUCUGGAUCGGCCUGAGGAUCAAAAGCGCAAAGUAGUCCCACGGCGAAGGGUGAUCACAGCUGCAGAGAAGCAACUGAGAUUAAACAUACAUAAGGUCCACUUGCUUUGUCUUCUGCUUCACGUGCAGAUACGUAACCUCUGGUGCAACAAUGAGGAAGUACAGGGCUUCCUUAAACGGAUGCUGCCGAAACAGAUUAUUGGCCUACUGCACCCGUCAGAAAAAAGGCCACAGCAGACCAGGUCAACAACCUUCGUUGAUGGAUUGAAUCAAGCUAGUGAUGCAUUCAAUAGAAGGUUCAAGGUGACAGCACCGGGGCUGAAACGCCCUUUCUGGAUAGAUAAUCCUGACUCUUUGAAGAAACGAGCAGAACAUAUUAUAAGCGACGCUGAGAUCUUCCUCUCGCGGGAAGACUUUACAAAACAAGCAAAAACAUUGCAAGGCUCACGAGACUUUGGCGCUCAAUUAUUUUGCGCUUUACUACGGUCCGUGGGAGUGGAGGCAAGGCUUGUCUGUUCUCUGCAGCCAUUGCCAUUCUCGGGCACGACCAAGGAUGUAACGCCGCCUGUAGUCCCUGACAAUCUUCCUACUUCGUCAGACAGCCCUGGUAGGUCAGCUGGAGAAGCACGAAUUUCCCAGCGCUCUAAUUUGCGAAGAAUUGGCCGUCCACAGUUCGCACCUCAACGCCCCAGAACUCCUACCAGAAAGAUGCAAGGUUCGCCCAACGUUAUCCGAGAGUCAUCACACCCGAUCUUCUGGGUUGAAGCCUUGAAUGAGGCACUCAACAAAUGGAUCCCUAUUGAUACUUUGGUUACCAAGUCCUUAGGAAAGCCUUCCAAGUUUGAGCCUCCAGCAAGCGAUCCAUACAAUAUCAUGAGCUACGUGGUAGCAUUUGAGGACGAUGCUUCCGCCAGGGAUGUUACCAGGAGGUAUGCAAAGGCUUUUAAUGCAAAAACUCGCAAGUUGCGCAUUGAAUCAGUCAAGAGCCAUGUAAAUUGGUGGAACAAGGCGCUGCUCUUUUACGAGAAGCCUUUUCUGGAAGAUCGAGAUGAGUUGGAGAUUAGCGAGCUUACUUCAAAGAUGGCUGCUGAGCCGAUGCCUCGAAAUAUCCAAGAUUUCAAGGGCCAUCCAUUCUACGCCCUGGAACGACAUCUUCGUCGGAACGAAGUUGUCUUUCCAAAACGGGUUAUUGGACAAGUCACCCUUGGAAAAACAGGAACCAAAAACCAGGUCCUGGAACCUGUGUAUCGUCGAUCCGACGUACAUGCCCUCCGGAGCGCAGAUCGCUGGUACCGUCUGGGACGGGAUAUUAAGACCGGCGAGCAGCCGCUGAAGUGUGUCCCUUCGAGGAAGCCACAAGCGGAGCCAUUUGACGAGGCGGAUGAGUCCAUCGCCGAAACACCCCUGUAUGCUUAUUGCCAGACACAGAUAUACCAGCCCCCACCAGUGGUUCGAGGGAGAAUACCCAAGAAUAUGUAUGGAAAUCUGGAUGUAUUUGUACCAAGUAUGGUACCUCCUGGUGGUGUCCACAUCACUCAUCCUGAUGCUGCAUACGCUGCCAAGCUUCUCGCCAUUGACUAUGCGGACGCGGUUACAGGUUUCAACUUCAGUGGACGCCACGGAACUGCGAUACUCCAGGGAGUUGUCAUUGCCAGCGAAUAUCAAGAGGCACUUGAAGAAGUGAUUGGGGGUUUGGAGAGUGAAAAGAUGGAAGCCGAACUAGAAAGAAAGUCCGCCGAAGCACUCCGAUUGUGGAGACACUUUCUCCUUAAACUACGCAUUGCAGAAAGGGUCAAAGGCUAUAUGGUAGAGGGUGACACGGAAGAGAACCCCAAAGACGUUGAGGAUGUGGAACAAUUGGGCGGCGGGUUUCUCCCAGAGCCUGAAGAGGCAAUGAUGGAUAAUAUGGAACUCUCAGAAACCCAAGAGCACUCAGAUAAAGACAUAUCCAUGUCUGCCGCGCCUGAUGUGCUUGGUGGAGGGUUUAUACCGGAAGCAAGCGCCAAUGAGGUGCCAUUACCCCUUGACAACAAUCCAAGGGGGGCGCAUACGAAUCACCCGACGGAAUUUCCACAAUACAGCCUGGUUGUUGUGCCCAAGAUUGGAAUUCCAGAUCAGACAACUUCAAUCCAAGGCUUCACAGGUGCUCCUAGGAAUACAGGCCUUCUCCCAGAAAGCCAAAGAGAGGAACUAGGGUACCCGCCACAGGUUGGAAACCACCCAUCCGAUGCAUCCUUUGUCAAAGCCACUCCGACGAUUUUCGAAUCCACCUAUUCCCAGGCUGCUUCACAAGCAGACUCGCGUUCUCCUACUCCUGGAAUUACCAGCCAGGAAACGCACAGCGACGAAGAAACAUCAUUACUGUCACAAGAUCCGGAAGACGAAGACGCGAUUCCCGAAUGGCUGAUGUCAGAUUGA